UUAACACGAAAAGAAAACUGCAUUCAAGUUUCGGUAAACUGACUUUUCUGUAUAACACCUAACAUUCUCUUUAAACAUGACGCGUAACAUAGAUUGGGAUGAAUUGAUUGUCGAUAAUCAGUGUAUUGGAUCAGGUACUUUCGGUGAUGUAUUCAAGGCGACAUUGAACUUAAAAAAUGACCAAAAAACCGUAGUGAUUAAACAAUUUCAUCGUAACUCAAAUGACGAUAAACAAAAAGAAGUCGACAUGCUAUCGCUGGUCAAUCAUGAUAAUAUUGUAAAGUUAAUAGGUACUACAAAAGAUGAGAAUGAAAGAAUGGCCAUUGUAAUGGAAUACGCAGAGUGUGGCUCUCUUUAUGACCUACUGCACAACGAGGAAAAUAAGGACAUCAUCUUACCACAUUCACUACGUAUUAGCUGGAUGCUGCAAUGUGCGGAGGCCAUUUAAUACCUUCAUGAACUUAGUCCGAUAAUUCUUCAUCGUGAUCUAAAACCAAGAAAUCUACUGCUUUUUAAUAAUUGUCGAACAUUGAAAAUAUGUGAUUUUGGCACAGUUAAGAAGCUGGAUACCAUUAUGUCUUAUGCUGGAACUGUUUGUUAUAUGGCACCAGAAAAAUGCGACGUUUAUAGUUUUGGUAUUUCAUUUUGGGAAGUAAUGUCAAG